CUUUGCUCGACCUCAAGACUUUGAGUCGUGACGCAUUUACCAACGGGGACAUGCGAGUUUUCACAAAGGUGCUCCAUCUGCUUGCGAGUGCGACUAUUUGGGGAGAUAAACUGCGCCUCGCUCCCGAGCCGCUGCAGCCGCUUUCUUUCCGUUAACAUCCUCGCUUGUUAACAAGCUCCCCUCACCACUGAGUCAACCUCUGCCACGGGGAGGGAAGAAAGCAAGAGAGAGCAAUCGAGUUCGCUCCCAUCACUCACUUUGAACUGAAAGCCUGCGAGCGCACCUGGGAGUGCCUGGACACGUUUUCGAACACAAAACGACAGAUUUGGUGAACAGCCGAGGACCGAAGAAGAUGCUGGAGCGUUGUAACCGAAAUGUUCAAUCACUGCUCUUUGGAUGCCUGUUUUGUCUUUUGAUGACAUCUGUCGAGGCAGACGGUCGAGUGUUUGUGUUGGACCAAGGGAACUCUUCUGGCCUGCAGGGCCUCAGAGACGCAGAGCAAGCUUGUGCCUCAUAUCAUGCUCGCUUGGCAUCAGCAGAGGAGCUCCGGCACGCUGUGGCAGAGUGCUUCUUCUCCUCCUGCACCAGCGGCUGGCUCUAUGGAGGGACAGUGGGCACCACAGUGUGUAAUGUUGUGGGAAGCACACUGAAAGCAGUGGACGUGAGGACGGACAAUGCUACAGAGGACACCGCACACCUGAACGCCUUCUGCAUCAGAGACGAAGGCGUGCCGUGUGGAGACCCUCCAUCCUUUCCUAAUGCACGUUUGCAGGGCCACCCUGGGUCUGAGAUGGGAGAUGAGCUGCUCUACACAUGUGUCCCAGGCUACGUGAUGCCCAGUGGACAAUCCGCCUUCAGUCUGGUGUGUGACAGCUGUGGGGAGUGGUACGGGCUGGUGCAGCUUUGUGUCAAGGAUGGGACUGAGAGUCACAUCGACUACGAGGACAAGUUCACAGAUUCCUAUGGAGAGGCAGAGCACCACAUCGAGAAACCACAGGAAGCUCAUGGGGAGGUGUACGAGGAGGUGUAUGGAUCAGACAGGAAGAUGACUCAGAUGCAGCAAGAAACAAGUUUCACUGUCAACGUAAAGCAGCAGCAUCAGGACCUGUAUGGACAGCACGAAGUGGAAGGAGAGGUCAUUGACCAGGGGGGAAAAUUUGAAGGAGCUCUGCAAGAAAGUGGAAAAAACGAUGAACGUGCAGUUGAGGACUUCAUCGGCCAUCCAAGGUGGGAGCAGGAGAGGACCGCGGUGGUCAGGACUGAUGUAGCUGCGACCACAGAAGCCCCUGUCUCUCUCCUCUCCCAAAAACACAUGUUCUGGUUCCCCUCUGAGGCCUUCCAGGAGGAGGGACCUCAUGUCUCCCCCGACCCAGUCACACAGACAACACAGAGAGCCUCAGGCGCCCAGUCAGAGGAAAGUAAAGAGCAUGACAGUCAAGAGAGGCUCCUCCACCAAUACCCUGUUGAUAGUGAUGAUCAUGACCAUGAGCAAGACAGCUACGAUCCUGAUAACGACGACCAGGACAUCCAUGAAGAUGACCACAAGGACGAGCAAGAGGACAGAGAUAGUCACCAGGACGAAGACCAGGAUGACCAUGUGAGUCAUGUGCCUGAGCAUGACGAUGCAGAUCGACAGGACAGCCACGAAAACCACGAUGAUCACGAUCACUAUGACAUGGGCGAACAUGAAGAGGACCGCGAUCGUAUCCACUACAGCCAACAGGAAUACGACGACCAAGAUGAUACGUAUGAUGAACACGAAAGCUACGAGGAUCACGACGACGCGGUCGACGAUCGUGAUGAACAUCCUAAUGUCUCCAAAGAACACCCAGACCGUGAUGACGUAAAGGAGCAUUAUGACCUGAAUGAAGACGACAAUGACCGUUACCCUGACCACGACGACCAUGAUGACCACGAUGACCACGACGACCACGAACACAAAGACAGCUUUGACCAUCACGACAGCCACGAGGACGAUGACAGUCGUCACCAUGUGAUCUUUACUGUAGCGACUAAUGAGCAUCAAAACAUCACCCAAAGGGCAACAGGAGGUGAGGGCACCACAGAUGAGACCUGGCUGGACGGCUACCCUGUUGUUGUAGGAGAAACUGAAAAUGGAGACUCCACGACAGAGGAGGCCAGGCAAGAGGACAGAGAGAGCGGAAGUGUCGCCAAGACAACAGACAAACCCAAUGAGGUGGAUAUCCGUAGACCUGCUGCAUAUACCCACUUACCACGGGAGCAUGAAUCUCCCACCGUGGUGCCCGAAGUAGAUCAAGGGGCCUCUGACCAUUUAAGGCCGUCAGCCCCCCCGUCAUUCUCCGACACCCUGGACUAUGACACACAACAGGCAGCUCCCACCCGCUCCUGGCAGGGCGACCUCACCGAGCACCCCUUCCUCGACCACGGCCCAGCUCCUCCGGUGAACGGCGACAACGUCUUCCCUGGAGUGACGGAGGAGCACACCGUGCACAGCCUGCCCGGUGAAGCGGGCGAGAGGGGUGAGGCGGAAGGGGAGAUGGGGGAGACGAUCUGCGCGGGUGAGGAGUGCCCUCCCCAUCCCCCGAGCUCCGCCAGCCGAGGACCCACAGUGGCAGCCAUAAUCGUGGCGCUGUGCGCUAUCGCCACGGCAGUCAUCGUGGGGGUGUGGUGUUACCGACGACAACAGCAGAAGAGCUCGAUGUACGAGAUGAACGGGAAGGGCCAAAGCCAGAUGAGACAGGGCCAACAGAUAGAGAUGCAGCAGAAGGUGUAGGUGCGAGAGACGAGGAGCGGGACACUGAGGUUGAGGAGAAAGCGCGGCUCCUACUCUCGUUGGAAACUUUUGAAGAUUUUGAAUAGGUAUGAACCUUUAAGUUAAAGAGCAAAACCUCACAAACCUUCUGUGGCAGAUGAUAUUUAAAAAGACUCAAUAUUUAACAUAGUGAGAGAAACAACAGUUCUCAUGUAUCCACCCUGCAUUGUUAUACCUAUCCAUUAUUUUCAAACCUCUGGCAUCUAGCUGGACACACGUAGGGGCUGUAACUGGACCGGUCUCCAGGAACUAUUGUAAAGAAAAGCCACAACACAAGGCCUGUAUAUGCCUACAAACUGAGGCUUCAACCACCACGGCUCUUGGACAUCGUGGUUAACAUUCUCCGUGUUACCUUGCUGUUGUUUUUGUCGACUUUAUUAUGUGCGCUUUUUAUUGUAUUGUUAUGGAUUUAUCAGCCUUAAUCUGUUUCAGUUGAUCACGUUCAUGAAAACUGUUUUCCUGCAAGAGCAAUGAAGUUCAGAACAAUUCAGACCAAAGCAGACGACUGGGACGGCUAGUCCCGAAUAACAAGGACGAUGGUGAUAGCGAAAGGAAGGAAAAGGAGGCUGUGGAAAGUGAGCACGACAGGAGAAACUUUUUAAGACUUUCCCGCCUCUGUUGGUUUUGACAGUCAGCUGGUGAGACGGCAUCCAGGCUCUGCCCCAUGUGUCAUAAAGAGAGCAUGUGAAUGUGUCUCAGGUCCGUGCAACUUGCCGGGCAGUGGUACGUUGCCUGUUUGAAGUUUCUGACUGGGAGAGCAGAGCGAGUGCUGAGAACUAAACCUUGUGUUGCUGCCAUGGCAACAGAGGAUCCCAAAUGUUACAGGUUCUCAAAUUUGUCCAGGUCAAAUAUUAAACAUAAUACUUAAUAUUUAGUGUUUAUGGCCGUCUCAAUUUAUUAGAAAAUUGGCAUUUAAGUGAUGAGCCAUGAGCUGAAGCCCACAGCUGCUAGAAAAAGGAGAAACUCAGAGGGAGAGAGGGGCAUGAACAUUUCUGUAAACAUUUAAUUAUUUGCUAAAUUAGUAUCUGAUCAUUAGUGCAGGAUAAAUCAUCAACUUUUAAAUAAUUUUCAAGAAAAAUGCAGAAACCAUCACUUAGAAUAUUCACUGAAUGAAUGACUGAAUGAAUAAAUUGAUCAAUGCUGGGUGAGAUGCUGGGACAUAGGUGAUGUGCAGUGCAAGACAUGCCUGGUAAAAACACUGAGAAAGACAUGAGACAGAUGUUAUAGCCUCAGAUCUAGAAAUUCUGUAACUAAUAGUCAGAUUUUAGUGAGACUUCUAGAUGUGUCAGUUGUACAAAUCUGUUUUGCUCGUGAAUUUCUUGAGACUAAUUUGUUAUGAAUUUUUAAAAAAGUGUGAGUUAAUUUUAUUGUCUUUAUUGAUUCCCUCAUGGGGAGCCGCUACUCCACGGCUAAAGCACUCCAGUCUGGCAAAAAGUCUGCAAGAGUGUUGCCAUGGAAACGCAGGUCUUAGUCCUGUGUUAGUCAGGGGAAAAAAAAUGGGUUAAGUUUAAAACAUGUCAGUGUUUCUCUUUGUGAAACUGACAUUUAACACAUGUUACUCAAAAAAAAAAAUCUUUGUGUAACGGACUCUUGGACUAGACAGUGAUUUUAUUUGGUAAUUAAUUGGUUAAUACAUUCAGAGGCAAUGUGUUCAUCCUAAAAAAAACAACAACUGAUGAGUGAAGUAGUCCAGUUCAACUCAACUCUACUAAACUGAGGUGUUAACAGCUCAAUGUGUGAUUCUGUGAGUAUUACCUGCUUUCAGAAAAAAGAAAAUUUUACGAAAGCAUGUAAAUAGAUUCAAAUGAAGAAUAGAAAAUAUAAAUAUUAAAGUGUGUAGAACAAUGACCUGUAGGUUAAUAACUGAACUAAAAAAUGAUUAAUUAUGGAGUGGUGCUUAGUAGAUGAGGCACUUAACAGUGUAAUCAAUAAUAAUUCAAUUUUUUUUAUAUAUGUUUCCAAGUUUGAGUUGAUUUAGGUAUAAAACAUUUUUUUUUAUAGUGCGGUUUGUGUUGUACUUGUGAGUGUGAAAUUAAUUCACGUAGCUAAACAUACUUCGAUUUCAAUGUUUUUCAUUUCUGUAUCUACAUGUAUGAAACUGAACUCAGUCUAAUGUAGCGAGGCCAUGGGGAAUUACCUGUCUACAUGUUACAAAUCUGUAAAUAUGAAUCUGUUGUGUACAUACUGCAGCGUUAAUGAGGAAAAUAAAUUCACCUCAGGCACAGCUGACGUUAGACAUCACACCCAAUUACCUAACUUCCCUUCACUUCACCUGCUUUGACACUGCUGUUUAAAGACCACAUAGAUAGAUUAAGACCACAUUUGUAGGGCAUGUGCCACAUGAUCCACGGCUGGAGACUGAUCGUAGCAAGUUUAGCGUCAUUCACACGGUACAGACAGGAAUCCAUGUCUUUUGUGUUUGCUUGUAUGACAACAACAUGUGUACUGUAAAUGUGUUUUCUGAGUCACAUUAAACUUCUAAACAUUUG